CUCAACCUGCCGCCGGCCCGCGAAUCCUCCGCUUCCGCAUUUGGCAACCUUCAAGUAAAUCACUGAUCAAAUUGAAAUGCGCAUGAUGUGUUGAAGACCCAUUCCUCUCUUGAUAAAUUUUUUUACCAAGAUGUAAUUUUGGACGAUUCUGUUCUGAUCCCACUCAACGCCAACUUCCACGCGGUGCCCGGACGAGGCUGGAGCAUCGUCCACUGCCACAGCGGGAGCGCUGUUGCCAGCUCCGCAACUUUAUCGGAUAGUAAUCCAAUCCGUUUACGGACGAUACCCAACUUGAAGGCCAUGCGUUUGCAUUUCAGCCGACUAUUUCAUACUGCUGUGUUCUAAUCGCAACUUCCAUCUUCACCCAUCCCUUUGUUCAUCCUCAUUGGCUGGGUCUGGAAGAUGCCCGCAGAAGACGUCCUCCCGCGUUUCGAUAAUACCCUCGGUGCUUUGCUUGUAGGUUUUGCUGUCUCUGCCACUGCAUUUGGAAUGUUGACCAUUCAAGUGUUCACCUACUAUAGGCGUUUUCCCCAAGACAAGGCUGCAUACAAGGCUCUCGCUGCAUUGAUAUGGUCGUUUUCUGUCGUGGAUCAAUCCUUCGUUGGUUACGCUGUAUACUUCUACACUGUCACAAAUUACUUGAAUCCGGUCCCAUUGGCUACAGGAAAACCUCAGUGGAGUCUUAUACUGCAAAUGACUUUAGGCGCUGUUGUUGGUGCCAUUGUCAAGGCUUGUUUUACACUACGAGUCUGGAGGUUCAGCUACAGAAAUUGGUGGCUCACAGGGUUCUUGUUUUUGAUGGUUAUUGCACAACUUGGCACGGCAAUCGCCUUCACUAUAAAAUGUUUCGAAUUGCCUUCUUACUCGCACGUUCUUGCCGUGAAGUCUUUGGGAAGCAUUUCCUUGGGCAUGGGAGUAGUCACGGACGUGAGCAUAGCUGCCGCAUUGUGCUUUUACCUUCAGAAAAUGCGCUCAAGCCACCUAACUGCGGACUCCAUGAUUGCUACGUUAACAAUAUACGCAGUGAAUACCGGUCUUCUUACCAGCACUAUCAGCCUGUCGACUCUUAUUGUGUUCAACAUCAUGCCUAAGAACUUCGUGUUUAUAUGCAUGUAUUUUGUUCUGAGCAAACUGUAUGCGAUAUCAUUCCUGGCUACACUGAACACUCGAAAAAUCAUACGAGGUCGUGGCACAGACCGUGAAGCAAGAAAGUCUACGAACUUCAGUAUAGUUACCGAGUCCAUGCAGCCUUCAGUACAGAUGCCCAUACAGCUGUCGAAGGUAAUUGUUCAGGAGGAAAUACAGGAUGUUGCCAGAAGUCAUGACUCAAAAUUCAUGGUAACCAGAUCAACACAACCCUGCUGGUAAAUUUCAACCGACAUUUAUAUCAUCCCUCGUGACACCUCGACCAUCCCAUACUCUACACGCGAGGUGCACUUUUUCAUUGAAUUUGGCUCUGCUGUUAUUUCUUUCUUUUAUUUGCAAAAGGCAGCGCCUGUUGCAGUACUCAUUCCGGA